UUAUUGUUAUUGUUAUUUUUUUUUUCUCCCUCAUUUUUACUGUCUUGGGUUUUCUCAUUAUCAUUGUGCUGUUUUUCUUUAGGUUUCUGUCUAUGGCUGUAAAAUACAGUUAAUGAUUUAAUAGCAUCACUUAAAAAACUAAGUAAUAUGAACAUGUCCUAAAGACCACAUCAGCCAAAUAAUCCCUGCACGUUGUCAUCAGUGGUAUUCUAUUUACUUACAAACAUCUUAUCUAAAAUGACCCUUAAAGAUCAACGUCUGGAUAAACCUAUCCAGACCUAUCCUGCUCCUGUCACCCUUUUCUGACUGUGUACCCUCCCCUCUCUUCCAGUCUUACUUUUGCCCUUUCAGUUCAGUUUUGCUUUUUGGAACAUUUAGUGUUUGGUUUAAGUCGUCCAUCUUUCUGUGUCUGCACGUUUCCCUUCCCACAUGCCCAACACUGUAUCCUGGACACUCAGGAUCUCAUUUGAGGAGAAGCACAAGUCAGAAUUGUAGAGAGAGGGCUAGUUAAAUAGUGCACUGCUAGUUCCAUAGUGCACUGCCCACUGUCAUAGUGCACUGCCGUUGACACAGGCAGGGCGAGUUUGGCUUCUUGGUGGGAGUGCAUACAAGUGACUUCCUAUUGAACUUUUGUCUCAGGUAAAAAAUCAUCACUGGAUUAAUUAUUUUACAUUUAAAAAAAGGUUCUCCUAUUUUCUCCAAAUUCUAUCAUCACCAGGGUUUACACCCAAAAUGAAGGGAAUGUCAACACUCCAUUUAAUUCUACAGCUGAAUUAAAAAAAAAAUUCAUGUCACUGUUCUAAAGUCUCUCUGAAAUGCAGGGAAUGAGUAAGUCUAAUAGAAGUAUAGGUGAGGUAAGUUGAGGGACAUGGCUGAAAUCUGUGCUACUACACUUUAUCAAAAACAAAAUAAAAUUUGAACAUCACACACUGAACAUCACAAAGUGGUAAUUCAGUAUUAGUGCCUGAAAAGCUAGUGAGUAUGUACAGGUAAGUCAGUCAUGUUUGGGAGGCUGGGCUGGAGGAAGUCUCAACUAGGACUGUUUGCAUGGGAGACAGUCCCGGAUGAUUCACUUUAGGCUUUUUUCAAUACCAAUUAUGCCAAGUUCAGACCUUAGUACUCUGGGAGUUUGAACUUAGAAAGGGGAACAACAGUGUUAUUGCUAAUAUGAGCAACCCAACUCGGAUUACAUUUCAUCACAGUUGUACCUGACUGAACUGUUUGUACAUAAGAAACCCACAGAAGCAGUGCUGUUGGUAAACAUUCAAUAACUAUUUAUUAUGGUUAUCCUCGUCUUCUCAGACAAACUGGCAGUAACAAAUAUUAUAUUUCGCUCAAAUGCUAUCUUCUAAAAGGAAUGUUAUCAUAUAACAAAAUGGUACAGACAACAGAGUGAUGAAUCGACAAAGGGUUAGCUGAGCCACUGAGAUGAGAUGUUCUCACAUCUCCUAAAGACGCCAGACCAAAUUUCCAAACAGGUAUGAUUUGGAUAAACCUACCUCAGACUGAAAUCUAAAAUUACUUUCUCACCUGAAAAAACUGUUGUUUCUAUGACUAAUACUAAUUACUCUACUCUAAUACUAAUGAAACAGGCUUCAUACUAUACGAAUAUAACUAAAAUGGCUGCCAUAUUGCUAUUAUUAAAUAUAUUAUAUUGUUGUUGAGCUGAGAGCAUUAGUUCCAGCAGUUGCUGCUUUUUGCAUGGUCUGUCUCUCCAUCCACUCACUCUGCCUGUUCAUCAGCUUGCUGCCCAUUCUUUAGUGAUUGGAGCAAAUAUGGCUGUGUAUGUGUAUGUGUGUGUGCGUGUGCGUGUGUGUGCGCGCUUGCAUGUGUGUGUGUGUGCGCACUUAAAACCCUGUGAGCUGUUUGGGUCCCACUCUCCCACCAUUAAGCGUAAACAUGUAUGCCUGAGUGUGUUGGUCCCACUGCUGACAUGUUACCCAUCACUAAUCACGGGCACCUGCCCGCUCCCCUUCUCUUCUGAGGCUUACAAUAUCUUGUGGAAAAACAAACGAGUGCAGUUGAAGAUGCGUGCCGGUGGAAUGAGUGAGUCGUCCAAAUGGAAGAAGCAGAAGCGCUCGCCGAGGCCGCCUCGACACAUGGUCCGAAGUCCCUCUGGUCAGAUGGACCCAGCCCAGUCCAGCACCCUCAGCAACAACAACCUUUCAGGUGGCGUCCCGUUCAUUGAGCAGGGCCUGUCUGCCUCUAGCUUACCAGCCUCAGACAGUGCUGGCUCAUCCAUUUCCAGCCCUACGACCACAGAUAGUGGCCUGGACACCUGCUCCAAAGCCACCUCCAGAGAAGACCUGUCUGACCUGGAACAGUGCAGCUUGUCUGCAAACACCCUGGGCCCUGAGCCCAGCUCUCCAGAUGCACACUCGGAGGGCAGUCAAGUUGAACCAUCUCAGUCGGCCUCAGUGGAAUCUAUCCCUGAGGUUCUGGAGGACAAAGACUCCAUUACAGAGCAGUCGGACAGUACCUCUGUCCAUGAUAUGGACUAUGUCAACCCCCGAGGAGUCCGUUUCACACAGUCCACACAAAGAGAUGGUAUGGAUAUUGAAGGAGCAUCUCUCAUCCCUUAUGGCCUCCCAUGUCUAAGGGAGCUUUUUCGCUUCCUGAUCUCACUGACCAACCCCCAUGACCGCCACAACACUGACGCAAUGAUGCACAUGGGCCUGCAGCUGCUGACUGCUGCACUUGAGUCAGCACACAUUGCUAACUACCAGUCGUUACUAGGACUAGUCAAAGAUGAGCUCUGCAGACAUCUCUUCCAGUUGCUGAGUGCUGACCGUAUGAACCUGUACGCUUCCUCCAUACGAGUUUGCUUCUUGCUUUUUGAAAGCAUGAGGUUACAUCUCAAGUUUCAGCUCGAGAUGUACCUAAAGAAAAUGAUGGACAUCAUCACAUCAGAGAACGUUAAGAUGCCAUAUGAGAUGAGGGAGAUGGCUCUGGAGGCUCUCGUGCAGCUGUGGAGGAUCCCCAGCUUUGUCACUGAGCUGUACAUUAACUAUGACUGUGACUUUUACUGCUCCAAUCUGUUUGAAGACCUCACUAAACUGCUGUCCAAGAAUGCGUUCCCAGUGUCAGGGCAGCUUUACACAACGCACCUCCUGUCGCUGGAGGCUCUCCUCACGGUGAUUGACAGCACUGAGGCUAACUGUCAGGCCAAAGUGCUCAACAACACUGCUCAACAAGAGCAGUCAGAAACACUGCUGGCAGAGGGAGAAGGUUCAAGCAAUAGUGGACCAGACACUACAACUGAUCUUAACAGACUUGGCAGUACCAAUGGUUUGAGUCUUCCACAAGCUCCGAGUGCACCAGUAUGUCCACCAACCAGUGGUCAUCUGAUGGCAGAGGCGAUGAAACUGGGCAGACAGGACCAAGGAGACAAUGAUGCUGCAGCUGAGAAGAGAGCACCGAAGAAGCCUCAGCGUUUCUCAUCAUGUUUACCCGAUUCCCAAGAAUUGAUGGAAAUUAGAACAAAGAAAAAGCUGCUAAUCACAGGCACAGAGCAGUUUAACCAGAAGCCCAAGAAGGGAAUCCAGUUCCUGCAGGAGAAAGGCCUCCUCAGUAGCCCCAUGGACAACAACCAGGUGGCGCAGUGGCUCAGAGAAAACCCCCGACUGGACAAAAAGAUGAUUGGAGAGUUCAUCAGUGACCGCAAGAACAUGGACCUCCUGGACAGCUUUGUGAACACGUUCACCUUCCAGGGACUUCGUAUUGAUGAGGCCCUGCGUCUCUACCUGGAGGCCUUUAGAUUACCUGGAGAGGCUCCAGUCAUCCAUAGACUCAUGGAAACCUUCACAGACAACUGGCAUAAAGUGAACGGCUCUCCAUUCAUGAGCAACGAUGCAGGCUUUUCCUUGGCCUAUGCUGUCAUAAUGUUGAACACUGACCAGCAUAAUAACAAUGUCCGCAAGCAGAACAUCCCCAUGACUGUAGAGCAAUACAAGAAAAAUCUUAAGGGAGUAAAUGGAGACAAAGACUUUGACCAGGACAUGUUGGAGGACAUCUACAACGCUAUCAAGAAUGAAGAGAUUGUGAUGCCAGAUGAGCAGACAGGUUUAGUGAAGGAGAACUACGUAUGGAGCGUGUUGCUACACCGCGGUGCCACACCUGAGGGUUAUUUCCUCCACUUGCCACCUGGCAGCUACGACCAUGACUUGUUCACCAUGACCUGGGGUCCCACCAUUGCUGCCCUCUCCUACGUCUUUGACAAGAGCCUGGACGACAGCAUCAUCCAGAAGGCCAUCACUGGCUUCAGGAAAUGUGCAAUGAUCGCUGCUCACUAUGGCUUCAGUGAUGUUUUUGACAAUUUGAUCAUCUCCCUGUGCAAGUUCACCACUCUGAGCAAUGAGUCUGUGGAAAACCUCCCGACAGUGUUUGGCAGCAACAGUAAGGCGCAGACAGCAGCCAAGACCGUGUUUGACCUCGCCCAUCGGCACGGCAACAUCCUGAGGGAGGGUUGGAAGAACAUCAUGGACUCCAUGCUGCAGCUGUUCAGAGCCGAGCUGCUGCCCAAAGCCAUGGUCGAGGUGGAGGAUUUCCUGGAGCCAAACGGGAAAAUUUCACUUCAGAGAGAGGAAACGCCAUCAAAUCGUGGUGAGUCUGCAGUGUUGAGCUUUGUGAACUGGCUGACGCUGAGUGGAGCCGAGCAGUCAGGCCUCAGAGGCCCUUCCACAGAAAACCAGGAAGCCAAGCAAGCCGCCAUCCUCUGCAUAAAGCAAUGUGACCCAGAAAAGCUGAUCACAGAGAGUAAAUUCCUACAGUUGGAGUCACUGCAGGAGCUAAUGAAGGCUCUGAUAUCAGUCACCCCAGAUGAAGAGACCUAUGAUGAAGAGGAUGCUGCCUUCUGCCUGGAGAUGUUGCUGCGUAUUGUUUUGGAGAAUCGGGACCGGGUGUCCUGUGUGUGGCAGACAGUGCGUGACCACCUCUGCCACCUCUGCGUCCACGCCAACGAGAGCUGCUUCCUAGUGGAGAGGGCCGUGGUGGGACUCCUGCGACUAGCGAUCCGCCUGCUCCGACGAGAGGACAUUAGCUCUCAGGUUCUCCACUCCCUGCGUCUCCUGCUUAUGAUGAAACCUCAUGUGUUGUCCCGGGUCAGCAGGGAGGUGGCGUACGGCCUUCAUGAGCUGCUGAAGACCAACGCAGCCAACAUCCACUGCACAGACGACUGGUACACGCUCUUCUCCCUGCUGGAGUGCAUCGGAGCUGGAGUGAAACCUCCGGCUUCCUUCCAGCUCUCCUCCACCACAACUGACAACGACACAGGAGCCCAGUCAGAUAGCGAACUGACCUCUCAUCAUCCCAGUGAAGUGAGUUUAGACCGGGGCUACACGUCUGACUCUGAGAUUUAUACUGAGCACAGCAAGACCAGGAUCUCUCGCUCCACCACUGAUGUGGAUGUAGCCAGCAGCGGAUGGCUCGUGGUUGGGAAAGAUGACCUGGACUUAAGUAAGACCCCUCCUUUGAGCACCAAAGCCCAGCUAAAUCACCCACUGGUCAACCAGUACAGCCUGACGCUGGGUCAAGACCUGGGCCAGCACGACACAAAGUCCCUCAUCAAAUGUGUGGAAACGCUGUCCUUCAUCGUCCGCGAUGCUGCCCACGUCACCCCGGAUAAUUUUGAGCUGUGUGUCAGAGCUAUACGAGUGUUUGUGGAGGCCAGCCUCAAUGGAGGUUACCGCAAUCACGACAAAAAGAAGAGCCACAAGUACGGCUCCAGGUCCCGGCUGAUGAAGAAGGCAGGCGGGAGGGAAAAGGAGGGUGCAGGCGGCACAAGGCGCGGUGGCAGCCGAGCAUCCAGCCAGCGUCCAUCCCGUUCCCACAGCGAUGAGGAGGAGGACGAGGGGGUCCCAGCCAGUUACCACACGGUGUCAUUACAGGUUAGUCAGGACCUUUUAGACCUGAUGCACACGCUGCACACCCGGGCUGCCAGCAUCUACAGCUCCUGGGCCGAGGAACAGCGCCACCUGCAGGCCGCGGGCAGGAAAAUCGAGGCCGACUCCCAGACUCUGUGGACCAGCUGCUGGUGUCCGCUGCUGCAAGGUAUCGCUUGGCUGUGCUGCGAUGCCAGGCGACAGGUUCGUAUGCAGGCCCUCACCUACCUCCAGAGGGCGCUGCUUGUUCACGAUCUUCAGACACUCGAUGCCACUGAGUGGGAGUCCUGCUUCAAUAAGGUGCUAUUCCCCUUGUUGACUAAGCUGCUUGACAACAUAAGCCCAGCAGAUGUGGGUGGUAUGGAGGAGACCAGAAUGAGAGGUUGCACUCUCCUGUCAAAGGUUUUCCUCCAGCACCUGUCUCCUCUUCUGUCCCUGCCUACCUUUGCUGCCCUGUGGCUCACCAUCCUGGACUUCAUGGACAGGUAUAUGCACGCAGGCUCCAGUGACUUACUGCUGGAGGCCAUUCCUGAGUCUCUGAAGAACAUGCUGCUGGUGAUGGACACUGCAGGAAUCUUUCACAGUGCUGACUCCAGGACAGGAUACUCCGACCUGUGGGAAAUCACCUGGGAACGCAUCAUCUGCUUCCUGCCUAACCUCAGGGAGGAGCUCUUCAAACAGACUGUCAUACCAGAACCAGUACCCAGUCCUCCAGGAGAGCCAGUGCAGCCUCCACCUCCAGCAGGUCAGCCUCCAUCCCCUCAGAUGUCUCUACCACCUGCCCAGCCGCCCUGCCCAGUCCCAGUGUCCCCUGCAGAGACACAGACCCCCAGCAGGCCAGCAUCACCCAAGGAGCCUCAGUCAACCAGUGCCACCGGAGCAGACCGAUCAUCUGCAGUCUCACCCUCCAACCCCCCCAUGCCAGUGCCGUUAACUACGUCCCCCACCCAGAACCCCUCACCCUUAAGCCAGUCACCCCUCAUCCUGCAGCCCCUUGCCUCUCCCCUGCAGGUGGGAGUCCCGCCCAUGUCCCUGCCAAUCAUCCUGAACCCCGCCCUCAUCGAGGCCAGCUCUCCCUUACCGUUGCUGACCUCGCCCAGACCCCUGAGCAUGGCUGACGAGGUCAAGUAAGACAGAGAGCUCCCCCCACCCCCCACUGAACAACUGGACCCAACAGACUUCAACUCCAACUUCAGGAUCUGCUCGCCAGCAGCUUUUUGACAUGAUGAAAUAUAAAGUAUGUGAGAGGACAGAUGACAUGUGACACCUCAGUCUUAUGACGUUUGAUUUGAAGCGUUAGUUGCGUUCGCUGUAGGGUCAGAACUACACACCUGACCCUGCUGCUGCACCACACGUUCUUUGUGCCAUUUUUCUGUUUGCUACUUUUUUUUAAAUUCCUGUGGAUAAAUGACUUAACGUAGAAAGUGUGACAUCAUACUCAGAUAUUUUGGAUCAGAGAAUUCAUUCAAGGAAAAUAAUUCCAAUAAAAAUGAUUGCGGUAAAGUUGCAGUUCACUAAAAGUGUGAAGUAGAAGCAGGGCUGCAGCUGAGAACACUGAGGUCCUGUGGGAGAACGUGGCUGUUUGGCAACAUGGGGACAGUUUACAUUGUUGUGCACAUGGUGAGAAUUUGACUGGUUGAUGCCAGUAUUUUUAAACUCAACUCACUGCAUUAUAUAUCUACAAUAACACAAAGGUAGAAAAAAAAUGAUCACAAUGUCCCACCACAGCUUGAUUCUGGUGAGAAGAAGAAGGCUUUAAAAGAAUUGUGUUCAUCUGGAGUCAAAGUAAUUGAGAGUGUGUGCGUGUGUGUGUAUGCGCGCGUGCAUGUGUGUGCAAAACAGUGACUCAUGUGUCUUUAAUAGUUUUGGGUCAAGAAUGGAGCUCAGUGGCAGAGGAAUCAGAUGUAUCAGGCUCUGGACACACACACACACACACACACACACACACACACUAUUCGUAGCAGACAUUGUCUGUUGCUUUGACUCUGUAAUGAGAUGUGUUGGCAGGAAGGUACUUUCUCCUGAACAUGACUCCUGACUGAGUUUUCAUACAUGAGGGUGGAACAGUUUCUAAUAUCAACACAGGCCUCGUGGACGUGGGAUUGAUUCAACGUGUUCUCUCAUGAAGCUGGUGAGUUUUGAAGAAGAAGAAACGAGUGCAGGACCUUUGACUUCAGUCGUAACAGAACCAAUAUUUCUCCCACUGUUGUCUCACCACUGACGAGCAUCAGUUUGAAAUCUGUACAAAGAAAAAACAAAGUUAUUUAUUUAUCAGUCAGUUUUUGUUUUCAGGGACCAAAUUCUGUUCUCCUGUAAAGUCCAAAGACAGAAUCAAUGUUUAUAUCUACUUUUAAAUUCUUCAUUCUAUCUUCUUUUUAUCCCCAAACGUAAAAACAAGCUUUGAUUUUGGCACCGUAUGAAUUCCUCCUCCACUAAACAAAGGAUUGUGGGUACAUGUGCAGCCUUUCUCAUGGCCCAUCUGGAACAUUCCACAGUGUAGAUUCUUGAGUGAGCUGUGAGCCCGGUCCACUGGGCAGACGACAGUUAGAGGGCGACACGGCAACUUUUGAGGUUCAUGAUGAAUCCAACAAAUAUUUAAUCAGAGCUGAGACUCAUGUUUCAUGGUGCAGAUCUCUGCAGACACCUGUGUGGAUUUGAAGCAUGAACGAAGCUCAGCAGCUUUUCAUGCAACGAGUUCACAUCACAACAAAAUGUAGGGAAGCAAGUAGGAGCAGUUAGACGUCACUGCUGAGUGGAGUCAUGGCUGAAUACUUCCUGCUCACACUCCAGUCUCCAUUGAAUUGAUGGCGUCUGUCUUUGGAAAUCAGAGCCUACGUUCCAGUUCAGUCACUUUAUUCAUGUGUACAGACUGUGCUGAUACAAACAAGUGAAGGGCAGCAGCUGUAACUGCAGUACCAGAGAACGACGAGCCGUUCUCAGACAUGAACUCCAGAGAAUGUCCGCCUUAUCGGGUUUGGACUUUCUCUGGUGUUUGCCUUUCUCAACACAGCAGGAGAUUCUCCACUCAGACGCUUUCACAUCCACACAGAACUCUCUGUGUGGAAGCGUUGAGGUGAGGGUGGAGCAGCCGGCAGAGGCAGGAUGUAACAUAUCAAUUCCAUCACAUGCUUUUGUUUACAGCACUACACCACUUUUCUCACCUCAGACAUUUGUUUUCUUUUUUAGUUUUGCGUCUGUCGCGUGUUAGAAACAUCAACACACCCUCUCGCUCGCAGUAAAUCCUCCUUCUCACAUUGGCUCAUUCAGUCGCACUAGGGGGCAGCCCAGAGAAACUCUGCAGAAAGUCUGAAGCCUCUCACUCGGACAUUUGGGUUCUUACAUACAGCCCCUCUGGAGAAUGUCUGGAGAUUAUCCGGAGUUCAGUGCGUGUGUGGAAGCAGGUGAGCUCCAGCAGAGCUUAUUGAAGUGCUGCAGUGUGUGUUGAUCGGCAGGUCUCUGUAGGUGAUGGGAUAUGACGUGUUCAUUAAACACUGCAGUAAAUCAACAAUGCUGCUACAUGCUGCCAUUCAACAAAGAUAAACCAGCUUCAAUAUUUCUCCAGCAUGUGCAUGACGUCUGGGUGCUGCGCUGCACCCUGGUGGUGGAGUCCAAAAGUUUUCACUCCCAUCAACACAAUGUUAGUGGAUUUUUCUAAAUCGAUUCACAGUUGUAGAAUAUAAACCCCUUUUUUUUUUUUGCAGUAGCUGUUCCUAUGUAAUGUUGCCUCCUUUUUUUAAUCAUUCAUUAAUAUUUAUGACUAAAUUUGUGACACCACAAAUACAAUCAGGACUUCCUCUGUGAAAACAACUAAAAGUCCAUAAGACUUCCUCUUCACUUUUUAUCUGGUUUGCAAAGUGUCAACAUGAACCAAAACUGAACAACAAUACAUCAGUGGACGUCUGACCGGAAUCUUUAAAUCACAGUUUGCCUCCUGAGUAGGACACAGGAUUCUUUGGCAGCAGCACUCUGAAUGAAUCACACUUCAAAUAGAUGUUUCCCAAAGUGCUGAACAUUCGCUGGUCUUCACAUGUCCACAGUGAUGAUUCAGUUGUUGCAUUUCAGCUUUUUACCUGCUGCAGUUUCUCUGCAUAGAACUGUGUCGACCCUCUUGCAUGCUGACUGUGUCUUGUGUACAGUGACAUCUACCCUGGCAGACCGGUGGGGACUAACUUACCGUUUUAAUACCAAAUGUGUGACUGUGAGUGUGUAGAUGUGGAGCCUAACCUCCAUCCACAGUGGCCCUGGACUCUGAUGUUUCAUGUUAAUGUUAUUUAUUGAACUAGGUGAAGGAGAGAGGGAUGUUUCCCACUGACGUAGAUGCAGUGUGUGUAUGUCAGCUAGGUAACACUUCAGCCUUAUAGAGCCACCGACGUGACACAUUUUGUAAAGCUGUGGGUUUAUUUGUUGUAUGGGAUUCUUAGAUAUAUCAGCUGACAGGAAAUUACAUGAAUAUAAUAUGUAUAUAUAUAUAUAUAAAUAUAUAUAUAAAUGAAAGGUAAUGUACUUUUUAUUAUGUAAUAAAUAAAAUGUAAAGAAAGUC